GCCAAAUUUCCAUACAUAGACAAUAAAUUGUCCUUCUUCAAAUUAUUAAUAAAAAACGAGUGUCUAUACAAAUUCUAAUUUCAUAACCAAUGAACCGCAAAAUAACCAGAAGUAUAAAGCCUCCACAACCAAAUUAUCCAGUUCAAAAGAUUGAUAGAUUGGUAGAACACACUGAAAAUUUCUUUACUAGAUAGUUUUUGAGGGUGAAGUUGAAAUUUUGCAUCUGUCAGAAAUCCGCUGUCAGACAUUUGCUUGUAUCUUUGAUUGAUGUGAUAAGACAGUAUCAAUUUUUUACGCAUAUUUUAUCUCCAAUUGCAUUUUUAAUCAAUGGUAGAAUCUUUUGAUUAAAAAACAACCAUCCGAUGAAAAUUUAGCUAUCAGUUCUAUUAGCAGCAGUUGUGAUUCAGGAAUCAAAAGAAGAAGUUUCAACAAGAGAAAAAGUAUUAAAACUGCUAAUUAACUUUUGGAGACCAAGAAGAAAUGAAGUUUAUUAACUCGUUGACAAUUUCCCUCAAAGACGCAAUUGGAGCUGAGAAAAAACUGGCCUGGGAUGGACAGCAACUACUUUGGUUUACAAAUAUGGGUCCGAAACUGGCCAAAAUUGCCCGGUCGAUCGAGCUGAGAUUUGAACCCUACGUGCGAAAGGCCGGCGAGCCGAUGCUAAACCGAACAGAAUUCCGAAACCUGUGCGUGGCCAUGCUAUCAGAGGACCUUGGGGUGACGCGUGACGAGCUGCGAGGAGUGGACUUCGACGCCGCUUUCAACACCCACACAAAGGCACAAAACGACGGAUUUCGAGACCAAGUCAGGGCACUUUGUCUGCUGAGGUGCCUCGUCUCUCCAUUUAAGGAGCCGAGUAACUUCUUCUACUGGUUUGCCCUUUGCGACACAAACAAGAACGGAGGACUGGACGUGUACGAGUUCCGCAACCUACUCCAGGAAAAGUUCCGAGGGGAGAACCAGGGCAAAGUGUGUGCACUGACAGACAAGUACUUCCCAGAAGGUGAUGACGAUAAUGUUAUGAUCAAUUUCUGGAAGAAGUUGUCGGGUAAAGAAGAAAGCGAGGUCAGUGUUGAGGAUUACAUUAAAGCGUUCCCACAAGAUCUGCUCCAAGAUUGCUCCUGUUCUGAGAUCAUGAAAAGAUGCAAAUGAAAUAUGCGAAAACUGUCAAAUUGGCUCAUUUUUACUACACCGCUUAACAGAGAUAUGCUUUUGAGCACCUAAAAUGUUUAUGAAGACUGCUAGUCUCAAACAAAGUAUUGCGUUAAGAUUUACUUGGAAGCUAUAAUUUACUGAAAAGAAUAAAAUGGUGUUUUGUGUCA